CGCACACUAGAACUUUGCUGGGAAUAAGCUUUGGAUGCUUUGGCUUUAGUUACGUGAAACCGCCAUGCCCAGUAGACGCUGUUUUUUCCACCCCACAUACGAGCACCCUUUUUUCGGUCUACCUAAGGCACAAGAACUUAGGAAAAAGUGGUUACAUUUUAUUUUUAACACUGUUCCUGAACAUUAUAACCCAACGAUUUCUCUGUGUCCCAAACAUUUUACGAAGGACAGCUUCCAGAACCUCGGAGCGUACAAUGCUGGCUACUCUCAAAAGCUUUUACUCAAAGACGGAGCAGUUCCCACUUUGUCGGGACUUUCUGACGUUUGUGAGGCUGAACCACUAACGUUACACAUAAAUGUGCAACAGACACCAAAAUCAAAGGAUGUGCAUUUUUCGCAUGAUACAAACCAAACUACUAAGAACGGUGUGGUGGAAGAAACACGCUGUAGAGAUGAAGAUGUUGAUUGUUGUGACCAAGACAGUGUGGCUUCCAGUGUGGAUACCACAACAGAGGAGAUGUUUAUCGAUGGUCUUGACCCCAUUUUAGAUUGGCCUUUACCUGAGAUUAACUCACCAGAGGAAGACCAGGAUUCAGCAGCCAACUUGCAUCGGAAAAAACGACCCUGCUUGUCCUCCACAUCUGCUCGUCCUGACGAAUGUAACAGAAGGAAUGGAAAAGGAAGCUGGUCCUUUGGUGAUGUUUCUGAAAGGUGGAAUAGUGCAGAUGAGGCAGAUAAUGAACCGUCUCAUCCUGUCUUCACACCUGUCCAAACACCUGGACUUAAGUUCACAUCCAAUUCAUGCAGCCAACCUCUAUUUCUUUUCCAGCUGUUCUUUUCCAAAACCUUGUUGGAGGAAAUUGUCACUAACACAAACGUCUACGGCACCAAACGCCAAACAACAGAGAUUCAAUGGGACCAGAUUGAUCUGAAAGAGUUUGAGUCGUUCAUAGUACUGGUCAUUUUUAUGGGUCUAUUCAAGUGCUCCUCACUGGCAAAUUACUGGCGAGAUUCAGAGUACUUUGGUCUGUGCUUUCCUCAAGAAAUCAUGUCUUACCAGAGAUUUCUGUCAAUCUCCAAUGCACUUUAUCUAAGUGAUAGCAAGCAAGAUAAGAAAAACAAGAAGAGGAAGGGAACACCAGAGGAUGAAUGCCUGGGUAAAAUUCAGCCCUUAUAUCAAGUCAUCAGGGAAGCCUGCAAGACCUAUUAUCAUCCAUUUCAGAACAUCACAAUCGAUGAAAGAAUGAUGAAGUCACAGGCUUGGACGGGACUCAGAAAAUGUAAGAAAAACGAUCCAAAUAAUGAACACAAACUGUUUGCUCUGACAGACUGCACCAAUGGCUACACAUGGGACUUCUUAGUUUAUGAGGAGAGGUCUCAUGCAUCACUUAGCCCGGGCCUGAGCUAUGAGCCACUUAUGGCAUUGGUGGAUGAAAAUUCGAUGGGUACAGGGUAUAAGCUGUUUGUAAACCAAUUUUACACCAGCCCCACUCUGUUCAGGGACCUUCUGCUGAAGAAUAUCCGGGCCUGUGGUCCUGUCAAGGCAGACAAGAAAGGAUUUCCAAGAACUUCAAUCAACAGUUUGCCAAGAAAUGCUGCACGCGGCACCAUGCGUUGGAUUAGAGACGAAGAGCUGCUGUUUGUCUGGUGGAAAGAUGUGCGGGAAAUACAGAUGUGCUCCACCUUCCAUAAAGCGCAUGAAGGAGACACUGUGAAAAGGAAGGUGAAGAGAGGCGACAGAUCUCGGACAUUAGUGGACAUCCCCAUUCCAGCUGCGGUGGUGGACUACGACAGGAACAUGGAAGCUGUGGAUCCAUCAAAUUGUGUUACCGGACAUUUCAGACAUAUCCACAAGCCACAAAAAUGGUAUCAAUCUGUUUUUUAUCACAUUUUGGACAUUGCUGUAGAGAAUGCAUUUAUCCUGCAUAAACUGACGGCCAAGGCAAAAAACCGAAGGGCUUUGACACAUAGGACAUUCCUUGAGAUGCUCCUAUUGAAGCUUAUAGAAGAGUCCCCAGAUCUCUCAGCGCAUUCUUCUCCCGCUUCGACAUCAAGGACACCUGCCGCAUCUUCAGCUUCUUCCUCACCUGCGCCAUCCUCAGAUCCCCCCUCGCCUUCUGCAUCAUUCCACAAGCCAAAGCACAUCACACAGUACAGCACUACCGUUGGACGGAAGUGCAAGCUGUGCCAACAGGAAACUACAGUCGUGUGUGUGACUUGUGAUGUGAUGUUGUGCUUUCAGCCACAGCGUGACUGUUAUAAUGACUGGCAUGAAAAGCGAAGAGUAUGAAUUAUAGCUAUAAUAAGUUUAUGGGGAUUUCGUUAAAAAGGUUAAUUGUAGUUACUGUUUUCUAGGUUCUAAUGUUUUUGAUAAUGAAUGCACAGCUGGUGCAAUAUGCCCACAAUGUUGGUUCUGGAGAUCGGGGUUUGAGCACUUGAGGUUCGAAAAUAGCU